AGUCGCUAGACGUCUCUUGAUUUCAAUAUGGCUGCGCCCUUGAGUACCAGCGUGAAACGGAACGUUAUUUUAUGUUACUUAUAUGAUUGAGUGAGCCGAGUACUGCCAACUUUAAGUAUGGGUUUGAUGGAAAUGGCCUCGUCCCUUACGGACAAUCCCUACUUCGGUGCUGGAGCAGGGUUGUUUGGACUGGGAUUUGCCACGGCUGUGUUGAAGAAAGGCACCCAGGUGAGCAUGAUUAUGUUCAGGAGACACUGCAUGAUGAGUAUGGAGGUGGUUAGUAAGGACAAGUGUUAUGACUGGUUACUUAACUGGAUCACAUUACGAAGCACACGAACCCAGCACCUCAGUGUAGAAACCACUUUUACUCAAUCUGAGACUGGCCGGAUCCGUACGCACUUUGACUUUGUUCCUAGUCCAGGUUCUCACUUCAUUGUCCACAAAUCAGCAUGGAUCCGUGUGGAACGAACCAGAGAAAAGCAAAUGCUUGACAUGCAUAGAGGUGUACCCUGGGAAUCUGUAACCCUGACUGCAUUUGGUCGUGACAGAAAUAUAUUUUUCAGUAUUCUUGAGGAAGCCAAAAUUCUUGCCCUCGAACAAACAGAAGGAAGGACUGUCAUGUACACUGCUAUGGGUGCAGAUUGGCGACCAUUUGGCUACCCCAGGAAGAAACGUCCCAUUGGGUCAGUUGUUCUAGAUAAAAGUGUUUCUGAGAGGAUAAUGACAGACAUUAAAGAAUUUACAAAUAAUCCUAAAUGGUACAUGGACCGUGGCAUUCCCUACAGACGGGGCUAUCUCUUGUAUGGACCGCCUGGCUGUGGCAAAAGUAGCUACAUAACAGCUUUGGCAGGUGAGCUGGACUUCAGUAUAUGUGUGAUGAACCUGAGUGAGCGAGGAAUGUCAGAUGACCGUCUGAACCACCUACUGACCACUGCCCCGGAACAAAGCAUAGUCCUUUUAGAGGAUGUGGAUGCUGCUUUCCUAAAUAGGGACUUAGCUCAGGAGAAUCCAGUGAUGUACCAGGGUAUGGGCAGGCUUACUCUCAGUGGACUGUUGAAUGCUAUAGAUGGUGUAGCAUCAGCAGAGGCCCGGAUCAUCUUCAUGACCACAAACUACAUAGACAGGUUGGAUCCGGCUUUAAUCCGACCAGGCAGAGUUGACAUUAAAGAACUCAUUGAUUAUAGCACACCCUUUCAAAUGCAGCAAAUGUUUCUCAGAUUUUACCCCGACCAAUCUCAAGAAAAAGCAGAAUUGUUUUCAGAAACUGUAGAGAGUCACGGCAGGAAAUGUAGUCCUGCACAGCUUCAGGGUUUGUUUCUACAGAAGAAGGAUGAUCCAAUAUCUGCCUUAAACAAUACAGAACUGAUCUGGUCCUCUUGAAACUUAGCAGUUUAAUAUAACAAAUUGGUGUAAAAAAGAUUGAGAUGUCCAGCACAUCAGUAAAAGACAAUAAAAAACAUAUGUCUUCUUGA